AUGGCUAGCAACGAAUUCAAGCUUGUUUCACCAGCAAUUGAUAACGAAGGAGGAGGGAAACUGCCACGAUUCUAUACACAAGAAGGUGUAGGCUCAAAGUGGGAUAUAUCUCCGCCGUUAGAGUGGCAUAACCCGCCACCCAAAACCAAGAGCUUUGCCCUUGUGGUGCAGGACAUCGACGCCGUGGACCCCGCCGGGAACCCGGUGCAGCUCACCCACUGGGUUGUGGUCAACAUUCCAGCAACCGUGAGGGGGUUGCCAGAAGGAUUCUCCGGGAAAGAAGGGGAAGUGGGAGCUGAGUUUGCUGCGAUUGAAGAAGGGCUUAAUGAUUGGAAGGUGAACCUUUGGCGUGGUCCUAAGAUGCCAAACUAUGGUGAUAGGUUUGAGUUUAGGCUCUAUGCUCUUGAUUAUGAAACACACUUUGAUAAUCAGGUUACGAAGCUGAAGCUGAAGCUGUUGGACGCAAUAGCAGCGCAUACAGUGGGAGAAGCCAUAUUGACUGCUACUUUCUGAUAUAUGCAUAGCGAUCUAAAAUGCCUAAUCCGUUUAGACACCUACAGUUUUUUAUUUUAUUUUAUGGUUUUUAUAGUUAGAAAUUGUAGAAGUUGGUCACAUCAGU